UAUAUAACUCAGCGUUUACCUCACAAUUUGCAUCACCGCCUUUUUCUCUUGGUUUUUGCUCUGAGAGCUCUUUCUCUCUAAUCUUCUCCUGAUUUGCUCUCUUCAAACCCUAACCCUAGCUUUUCUGUCGGGAGUUCUAAAGCAUCUUUGAUAUACAGAUGGCAGCUAAACCUCUGACUACUGAAGCAAUUGCUCUCACUGAGAAGAAAAUGGACAUGACAUUAGAUGACAUCAUUAAAAUGUCAAAGACUAAUGCCACCAAGCCUAAGAACCAACGCGUCUCAAAUCGGGGUCAGAAAUUUGUUAACAAUGCUGCUCAAGAUAAAUUUUCAAAAGCCCGAAGGUUUAUGGAUACAAGAUCAUCUCUUAGACAGGGAGCUCUUGCUCGAAGGAGGUCAAAUUUUCAGGGAAAUCAGUUCCCUCUGGCAGCCGAGGCUGCUCGUAAGGCUGCUGUUGCUCCAAUUCGCAACAGAGCUUUUAACCGAAGCAGGCCAUUCAAAGUGAAUAAACCAAGGGCUGGGUCGUCAACUGUGCAAAAGGUUGCUGCAAAUGGAGGUGGAUUUGCUGUUAAGAAACAACCGCAACAAGCCAAUGCAGCAGCACCCAAGCAGAAGCCUCAAACCUUGGACUCACUUUUUGCCAACAUGAAGGAGCAGAGAAUGAGGGUGUUGUCUCAACAGACCAAUGGAACAAGAAGAAAUGGAGGUGGCCAGCCUAGAGUGCCAUGGGCAAGAAAUCGCGUUCCCAACUGAUGUGCUAUGCCUCUUUGGUCAGACAUGGAAAAAUGUUUUUAUUUUCCGCGUGAGGUUUUUUUAAAUAGGAGCCCCCCUCAGACACUGCAGCUUAAAAUGCAAUAUUUAAUGAUAUUGUCCGUUCUCUCGCCGAUAACAUCGACUUUGUUAAGUUGUAGUUGUAUAGCAUUUUCUUAUGGUCUAAGGAGUAAAAUUCCUUUUGCUGUGUGAUCAGUUUUGUUACGUUUAUUUGUCAGCACAUCAGUUUGGAUCGAAGUCUGUACUUGGUGCAACUUUUGAUGUAUUUGUAAUUCGUUGCCAGCAGGUGUCGAACUUGUAGCAAAUAUGAAUUAAUGUCCCAAAACUUGUUAGCUCCGAGUGGUACAUAUCUGUUGGCAGAUACAGUAAUAUUUUGAUUUGUAAUGUUUGGUUAAAAAGAAGAAUUUUCAGUUUGGUGA